AUGCACAUCAGUGUUUUGCCGUACUCGCUCUCCGUCGUAAUGGCAGCUCUGUACCAGGGCACGGACGCGUCCUCUCCGGAUAAAUUUCUGGCCUUGAAAGACGUGAGAGAGGUGAAGGAGGAAACUACACUGGACGAGAAGCUCUUUCUGUUGGCUUGCGAGAAAGGUGACUACUACAUGGUGAAGAAACUGCUCGAAGAGAAGCGGCAUGGCGAGCUCAACAUCAACUGCGUUGACGUGUUGGGCCGAGACGCUGUCACCAUCUCCAUUGAGAACGAGAACCUGGACAUCCUGCAGCUUCUCCUGGAGCAUGGCUGCCAGGCGACAGAUGCCUUGUUGGUGGCCAUAGACUCAGAGGUGGUGGGAGCUGUGGACAUCCUCCUCAACCACCGGCCCAGGAGAUCUUCCAAGCCCUCCAUCGCUAAACUCAUGCAGCGGAUUCAGAACCCAGAGUAUUCAACCACCAUGGACGUGGCCCCGGUCAUCCUGGCAGCCCACAGGAACAACUACGAGAUCCUGACUAUGCUGCUGAAACAGGACAUCUCGCUGCCCCGGCCCCAUGCCGUAGGCUGCGAGUGCACGCUCUGCAACGCUAAGAACAAGAAGGACAGCCUGCGUCACUCCAGGUUUCGACUGGAUAUCUACCGGUGCCUGGCCAGCCCGUCUCUGAUUAUGCUGACCGAGGAAGAUCCCAUACUCAGGGCCUUUGAGCUGAGUGCAGACCUGAAGGAGCUCAGCCUGGUUGAGGUGGAGUUCAGGAACGACUAUGAGGAGCUGGCGAAGCAGUGUAAGAUGUUUGCCAAGGACUUGCUGGCCCAGGCUCGAAACUCCAGAGAAUUAGAAGUCAUUCUCAACCACACGUCCAGUGAGGAUCAUGUCGACAAGAGGGGCCUACUGGAGGAGCGCAUGAACCUCAGUCGACUUAAACUGGCCAUCAAGUACAACCAAAAAGAGUUUGUGGCCCAGUCCAACUGCCAGCAGUUCCUCAACACAGUCUGGUUCGGAGAAACUGCCAGCUACCGACGCAAGCACACAUGUCUAAAGAUAGCCACAGUGCUGAGUGUGGCGGUGCUUUGGCCACUGCUCUCAGUUUGCUACCUGCUGGUGCCGCGCUCCCGCGUGGGCCAGAUCAUCCACACGCCCUUCGUCAAGUUCAUCAUCCACAGCGCCUCGUACUUCACCUUCCUGAUGCUGCUCAACCUCUACUCAAUGGUCUACAGCGAAGGCAAGAACACCAUGGGCCCUUCACUGGAGAUGAUCGACUACCUGCUCAUCCUCUGGAUUAUAGGGAUGGUCUGGUCGGACGUGAAGCGUCUGUGGUAUGAGGGGCUGGAAGACUUUCUGGAAGAGUCUAGAAACCAGCUGAGCUUUGUCAUGAACUCCCUUUACCUAGCCACCUUCGCCCUCAAGAUUGUGGCGCACAGCAAGUUCAAGAAUGUGGAGGAAACGGAGAGGAAGAACUGGGACGCUUUCCAUCCCAUCCUGGUGGCCGAGGGACUGUUUGCAUUCGCCAACGUUCUCAGUUACCUGCGACUCUUCUUCAUGUACACGACCAGCUCCAUUUUGGGGCCGCUACAGAUCUCUAUGGGUCAGAUGCUGCAGGAGUUUGGGAAGUUUUUGGGCCUCUUCCUGCUGGUGUUAUUCUCCUUCACCAUUGGACUCACCCAGCUCUAUGGCAAGGACCAGAAAGACCCCGACAAGAAUCCAUCUAAGGACUGCGAGGGCAUCUUCUGCCAGCAACAGAGCAAUGAUGCAUUCCACACGUUUAUGGGUACCUGCUACGCCCUGUUCUGGUACAUCUUCUCCCUGGCACAUGUUGCGCUGUUCGUCACCCGCAUCAGCUACACAGAGGACCUGCGCUCAUUUGUGGGUGCCAUGAUUGUGGGCACCUACAACAUUGUGGUGGUUAUCGUCCUGACCAAGCUGCUGGUGGCCAUGCUCCAUAAAAGCUUCAGGCAAAUAGCUAAUCACGAAGAUAAGGAGUGGAAGUUUGCCCGGGCCAAGCUGUGGCUGAGCUACUUCGAUGACAAAUGCACCCUGCCGCCACCGUUCAAUAUCAUCCCCUCUCCAAAGACUGUGUGCUACCUGGUGACCAGCUUGAGCAAAUGGAUCUGUUCGCACACCUCAACGGGAAAGGUGAAGAGGCAGAACAGCCUCAAGGAGUGGAAGAACCUGAAGCAGAAGCGCGAUGAGAACUAUCAGAAGAUCAUGUGUUGCCUGGUCCACCGCUACCUGACCUCCACGCGGCAGAAGAUGCAGAGCACCGACCAGGCCACAGUGGAGAACCUCAACGACCUGCGCCAGGACCUCUCCAAGUUUCGCAACGAGAUGCGGGACCUGCUGGGCUUCCGAACAUCCAAGUAUGCCAUGUUUUACCCAAGGAGCUAAAAGACUCAGCCUCCCCUCCCUCCUUCCCCUCUCCUCUUGACAAAACCUCCGCUUCUCAUUUAUCUGGGAUGCUCUCUGACCCAAGCAUGUUCAAAAACUCUGCUCUUUGAGUCACAGAGGCACCUUUUAAACCUGGAACUAGGAAAAUAUAUAUUCUGCACCAAAGCCUCUCGACUCAGGCCCCCUAUGUAUUAUUCAGCUAUUAAUUUGUUUUGUAAAAAUGUCAUUCUUUUCAACAAAAAGCCAAAUAAAGAUUUAUGAAAUUUUGGGCUUUCUGUGGCUAUUGCCUUGAUAGUGAAAGAGCUGAAAAAUAAAUGCUGCAUUGAAGACUUUUAA